AGCGCCCCCACCCAACCGUCUCUGUCUCCCCUUCAGGUCGGGCGGCAUCAUCCCCACAGUGGCCCAGGAGCUCCACAGAGCAAACAUCCAGCGCGUGGUCCAGGAGGCCCUGCAGCGGAGCGGCGUGGCUCCGGCGCAGCUCGCCGCCGUGGCCGCCACCGUGAAGCCCGGUCUGGCCCUGAGCCUCGGCGUGGGCCUGCGGUUCAGCCAGGCGUUCGUCAGGCAGCACAACAAGCCGUUCAUCCCCGUCCACCACAUGGAGGCCCACGCCCUGACCGUCAGGAUGCUCCACGCCGUCAGCUUCCCCUUCCUGGUGCUGCUGGUGUCCGGGGGCCACGCCCUCCUGGCCGUGGCGCGAGGCGUGGAUGACUUCCUGCUCCUGGGACGCACGCUGGACGAAGCUCCGGGAGACACGCUGGACAAGGUGGCCAGACGUCUGUCCCUCAGGAAGCACCCCCGCUGCUCCACGCUGAGUGGCGGCGAGGCCAUAGAGCUGCUGGCCAAGGACGGAGACAGAAGGAGGUUUGGCUUCAGGACACCGAUGGGACAAACUCCAGACUGCUGCUUCUCCUUCGCCGGACUGCGGAACCAGAUCACCAUGGCGAUCCAGAAGCAGGAGGAGGAGGAAGGCGUACAGGAAGGAACCCUGCUGUCCAGCGUGAAUGACAUCGCAGCGGCGGCUCAGCACACCAUCGCCAUGCAUCUGGCGAAGCGGACCCACCGGGCCGCCCUGUUCUGCAGAACCAACCGCCUGCUGCCUCCUGAUGAACCGACGCUGGUGAGCCGCGGUGUUUCAGCUUCCUGGACACGAUGGAAUCAAUUCACUUUUAAAGGACUUUCAGAAUAUG